AUGGAUGAUGUGAUAAACAGGUGUAAAACUACUUGGUUUACUGCUGCUUGUAAUGGUAGAAAUCAGACUUUGGCAAAUAAUUGGGGGCUGAAUGUUACAUGGAAAAGCAAGAUCCCAAUAUCUUGCUCUUGGGUAUUACCUCCAGGUCAAAUGUAUGCUUUAUAUUGUGAUGGCUCUCUCACUCAGGAUAGGGCUGACUAUGGUGGUAUUAUUAGGGAGAAAAGUGGACAACUGAUUCUAGCUUAUGCUGGAAAGGGGAUGACGAAAUCAGUUUUAUGUAUGGAUCUUAUAGCAACCUCAAAGGGGGUAAGAUUAUGCAAGGAUCUCGAUAUUCUGCAUAUAUCUAUCAGAUCAGACUCAAAAUUAACUGUGGAUAUCAUAAAUGGAAUUGUAGAAGGGCCUUGGGAAAUUCAAACUCUUAAAAGUAAAAUUCUACAUUUGCUUAUGGAGUUUGAAAGGAAAGAGAUUAUACAUGUAUGGAGGGAGGUUAACAGUCCAGCUGAUUUUGUGGCCACAUAUGAUACAGGAGAGGAUGGCAUCACACUUUGGCUAGAGGACUUCCCCCAAGAUUUACAAAGUCUUGUGGAUAUGGAUGCUAGGCAUACUGUCUAUUUUAGGAAGUAA